AUGGAUAUCCACCGCUGCCGUUUCGUUUCAUAUAACCCACAGGCGAUCAAUGCGCUUGCAUUCUCUCACCCUCCAUCAGCAGAUCUAGCUGGACGUGGUGUGCCUACCCUCCGACUUGCGAUCGGUCGUGCGAACGGCGAUAUCGAAAUAUGGAACCCGAUGCGCGGAGCCUGGUUUCAGGAGACCGUGAUGCGUGGAGGCAAGGACCGAAGUAUUGAAGGACUCGCAUGGACUCUUGAUCCUCAGGAGGACGGGCCCGAUGGCACCAAACUGCCUGGAAAGCUACGUCUGUUCAGCAUUGGAUAUUCUACCGCCGUGACCGAAUGGGAUCUUGAAAAUGGCCGCCCGCUGCGCCACUCCAGUGGAAACUAUGGGGAGAUCUGGUGUCUUGCUGCGCAGCCGCGCUGGCAACCAACCAAGGGCAAGGAUGGAAAGGUGGUUUCUGCCUCCGAGGGCGAGUUUACGGGCCAGCAUCUCGCCGCAGGAUGUGCGGACGGGUCAAUUGUCAUUUUGUCUACUGCCGAUAACGAGCUCAAGUUCCUGCGCUUGAUGCGUCCCUCGACUAAAAGAGCGCGCGUCCUUAGCGUUACCUUCCAGAACCGUCACACUAUUGUCGCCGGCUAUGCUGAUAGCUCCAUUCGUCUCUUCGAUAUUCGCACUGGUCAGAUGCUGCGCACAAUUUCCCUGGGUAAGGGUCCCACAGGUGGCCCGAAGGAACUAUUGGUCUGGUCGGUGAAAUGUUUGCCGGAUGGCACCAUCGUCUCCGGUGACUCGGCUGGUGAAAUUCGAUUCUGGGAUGCAAAGAACUAUUCUCUCGUUCAACGGAUACAGGGUCAUCUUGCCGAUACACUUGAUAUCGCAGUGAGUGCCAACGGAGAUACUGUCGUUAGUGGUGGUGCCGACCAGCGGACGGUUGUCUACCGCAAGAAGGAGGGCGAGAAAGGCGACAAGAAGGGUCGCUGGGCUGAGGUUAUGCACCGUCGUUACCACACCCACGAUGUUAAGACAUUCGCUGUCUAUGAAACCAGGGAUAUCAGUAUCGCCGUGUCUGGAGGUCCCGAUGCCACACCAAUCGUUCUGCCUCUUCGUGAAUUCGGAAAGGAACACCACCGCAAGCUUUCCAGUCUUCCUCAAAUUCCCCAGCUCACCUCUGCGCCGUCAUCUCGCUUGGUCAUGAGCUUCUGGGAUAGAGAAGUGAGCCUCUGGCGGGUAUCUCGAGGUCCCGCAUCUUUGCACGAGAAUAUCGAUGGACAACGGCACAGACUUGUUGGAAAGGUUUUGAUACAGGGCGAAGAAAAUAUCUCAUCGGCAAUGUUGUCCUCAGAUGGCAAGACACUCGCUGUUGCAACCAUCGCUGAAGUCAAACUGUUUUCUCUCCGUCGGCGAAAGGGUGAUGAGAAGGGCACUCUCCGCAUUCAAAAGAUCGACGUACCCAAGUCACUUUCGAAUGAAGGUGCCCGCCUUGUGACCGUUUCCCCCGAUGGCCGAUGGCUUUCAAUUGUCCGUCCCAACAGUGAUAUCUACAUGGCACGGAUCCAGCCCGCCUCCGCAUCCAAUGAGAAGCCUCAAGUGCUGUCGCAGUUCGCCAAGCUCAAGAGAGCCACACGUCAUGUUCGUCACGAAAAGGCAUCCCACGGAACAUUGGGUGACUAUGAGAGAACGAUACGAUCAGUUGUGUUUUCUGAUGAUAGCAAGAUUCUCGCGAGUGGUGAUAUCUCCGGUUGUGUCGACACCUGGGUCCUGGGCACAGCCACCGGAUCCGCAAAUGGUAAUAUCAAACGUCAAGAGGCCGAUGAUGAUUCAUCCGAUGACGAGGACGAGGAUAUCGUGAUUGAGGGCGAGCGCUGGACUACCGCCGCUACUGAAUCACCAAUUCCCCGUAUGAAGUCCGGUAUCACUUUGCUGUCUUUCCGUCCGAAGUCUGCCCCUACACAAAAGGUCAUCACCAAUGGCACCAAAUCAUCCGAAGACCGACUGAUGGUUCUCACAAGUGAGCACCAGCUUAUUGAAUUUGAUGCUCGGGAUGGAAAGUUAUCCGACUGGUCAAGACGCAACCCCAAGGCAUACCUCCCUGCAGAGUUCCGGGGCGUUAAAGACCGAGCUAUGGGCUGCAUGUGGGACCUCUUCGAGGGCCGCGAGCGUCUAUGGCUCUACGGAGCCUCGUGGUUGUGGAUGUUCGAUUUGCUACAAGACUUCCCCUCCCCCGAGGAGGCUGAAGCUCUCGCCGAAACAAACAAACUCGCGGGUGCGCUCGUUAAGGUAUCAAAGCGCAAGCGCGAUCCUCUCGAUGACGACGAAGAAGAGCGGAGAAAGCACAACACCGGUGCCGGUGACCGAAUGCCACAAUCACAAAUGGAGAUUCACUUUGGUACUAAGGUCCGCAAAAUCGUUGGCAGUGAUGAGUCCCAAGGCGAGUGGGUCGCACUGGACAAGGAACGUACCCGCGUCCCAGGCGAAGAUGAGGAGGCCUACGAGUACGACGAGACUUUUGCAGCCACCAAUGAGUCAACACUCGCUCGUCUCCGACGUGGAGAUGGAGCCCCGGCCACGACUGAGACCCCCCAGAAGGGAUCACAGAAGAGCCGGCCUAGUGCCAAUGGCGCUGGCGACACCCCGAAUAAGCAGCUGGUGGAGGCCAACGGCACCUCAGCUCAGCCUCCGCGUCGUUGGUGGCACACGUAUAAAUACCGUGAUAUCCUCGGCAUCGUACCUCUCAACACCCUAUCGAGUGACGAUUCCGACGACCAGAACCCGAGUGGGAACUUGGAAAUCGCCGUGGUGGAGCGACCCAUGUGGGAUGUUGAGCUGCCUGGUCGUUACGUGAAGGACUACGAGUGA